UCCUGACCACUCUGAAUCGGGACUCAGCCUCCUUUCUCUUAUUUGUGUGACGUCAGUAGAGGAAUACCAACAAACGAAGUAGGGAAAACAGAAGAGUGAACCAGAAAGAUAGAUAUGGAGAUCAGCGCCGUCCAUGGAGUUGGAGGAGGAAGUCUCAUCACCCAGAACAGAAAUCACACUAAAUCUGCCAAUGCUAUUCUUCUUCCAAGCUUCAAUAAUGGCAGAAAACUCUUCUCUCCUUCUUCUUUGAAGCUUCAGAAUCAAUGUAUCUCUUCGCCUCUUCAAGCAGCAUCUUCUACUGCUUGUAGAGAUUCAGGAACUGUUGCUGAAACUAUUAUUAGGGAGCAAGAUGAGCUAGCUGAUAUAUGCUGGGAUAAUCUGGGGUUUGGCCUUGUACCAACAGACCAGAUGUAUAUGUCUAAGUGUUCUACAGGGGGGAACUUCUCCAAAGGAGAAUUACAACGUUAUGGGAACAUUGAGUUGAGUCCAUCAUCUGGAGUCUUAAAUUAUGGGCAGGGAUUAUUCGAAGGAUUGAAGGCAUACAGGAAAGAAAAUGGUUCUAUUCUGUUGUUUCGCCCCGAGGAAAAUGCUUCACGAAUGGUUCAAGGUGCUGAGAGAAUGUGCAUGCCCUCUCCUACCGUUGAACAAUUUGUGGAAGCUGUGAAGCUUACGGUGAUGGCAAAUAAGCGUUGGGUUCCGCCUGUAGGCAAAGGCUCGCUAUACAUCCGGCCACUUCUCAUGGGCAGCGGAGCAGUUCUUGGUCUUGCACCCGCUCCUGAGUACACAUUUCUCAUUUAUGUGUCACCAGUUGGAAAUUACUUCAAGGAGGGUUUGGCACCAAUAAAUUUGGUGGUUGAGAAUGAUUUCCAUCGUGCAACUCCUGGAGGGACUGGAGGUGUAAAGACUAUAGGGAAUUAUGCUUCGGUCCUGAAGGCACAAUCUGCAGCUAAAGCAAAAGGCUACUCUGAUGUUUUAUAUCUGGAUUCAACCCACAAAAAAUAUCUGGAGGAGGUCUCAUCUUGUAAUGUGUUUCUUGUGAAGGGUAAAACCAUAUCUACUCCAGCAAUCAAAGGGACGAUUUUGCCGGGCAUUACCCGUAAGAGUAUAAUCGAUGUUGCCCGAAGUCAAGGUUUCGAGGUUGAGGAGCGGCUUAUCUCGGUGGAGGAAUUACUUGAUGCUGAAGAAGUCUUCUGUACGGGAACAGCUGUGGUUGUAUCGCCGGUGGGAAGCAUAACUUAUCUUGGCAAAAGGAUAUCAUACGGUGGGGAGAGUGGAGUUGGUGUUGUUUCUCAACAACUCUAUUCGUCUCUUACGAAUUUACAAAUGGGUCUUACUGAGGACAAACUGGGCUGGACUGUCGAGUUAAAAUAGGAUACCUGUUAACAACGCACUCGUCGUAAUAAUUCCCAUUCAAAUAAUUUUUUUAAAGUUCAAGACUUUGUUUAGACUUACAGCUAUCUUAUUAGUUGUAGUUUAUUUUUCUUAGAAUGUAGGAAGUCUAUAAUGUGUGUUGAUAUUCAGUGUGACCUAAAUCAAGCAUUGAAGGUUUUGUGGUAGCUCAACUUUGUUAA